ACUUCACAGGAGGGAUAGCAGAGACCUACCAGUUGGACAAAGCUCCUCCUCACCUCUUCAAGAUCAUGGAGAAGGCACUGGGGCUGGGCUCACUACUGGGCUGUUCCAUCGACGUAGGUUGGAUUUAGAUACUAAAUCCACUACUGGGCUGUUCCAUCGACGUAGGUUGGAUUUAGAUACUAAAUCCACUACUGGGCUGUUCCAUUGACGUAGGUUGGAUUUAGAUACUAAAUCCACUACUGGGCUGUUCUAUUGACGUAGGUUGGAUUUAGAUACUAAAUCCACUACUGGGCUGUUCCAUCGACGUAGGUUGGAUUUAGAUAUUUACAUUGAUUGAUUGUUUGAUUGAUUUAGAUACUAACAUCGCAUUGUUUAUUUUCAGAUCACCAGUUCCUAUGAGACAGAGGCAGUGACAGAUCUUAAACUGGUGAAGGGACAUGCAUACUCUGUCACUGGUGUUGAAGAGGUAAAGUGCCUACACAUCGUAGUGGUUAUACAUACCAGGUUCAUCUGUCUCUCUGAUGGGCACCAACCCCAGGUUCAUCUGUCUUUCUGAUGGGCACCAACCCCAGGUUCAUCUGUCUCUCUGAUGGGCACCAACCCCAGGUUCAUCUGUCUUUCUGAUGGGCACCAACCCCAGGUUCAUCUGUCUUUCUGAUGGGCACCAACCUCAGGUUCAUCUGUCUUUCUGAUGGGCACCAACCCCAGGUUCAUCUGUCUUUCUGAUGGGCACAAACCCCAGGUUCAUCUGUCUUUCUGAUGGGCACCAACCCCAGGUUCAUCUGUCUUUCUGAUGGGCACCAACCCCAGGUUCAUCUGUCUUUCUGAUGGGCACCAACCCCAGGUUCAUCUGUCUUUCUGAUGGGCACCAACCCCAGGUUCAUCUGCCUUUCUGAUGGGCACCAACGCCAGGUUCAUCUGUCUUUCUGAUGGGCACAAACCCCAGGUUCAUCUGUCUCUCUGAUGGGCACUAACCCCAGGUUCAUCUGUCUCUCUGAUGGGCACUAACCACAGGUUCAUCUGUCUUUCUGAUGGCCACCAACCCCAGGUUCAUCUGUCUCUCUGAUGGGCACUAACCCCAGUGUCCCUUUACUAUGGGGAGUCUAUGGGGGAGUCAACUACACAUCACAUUCACAGAAAACUGAAAUCACGCCCAACAGGCCAAUGGAUGCCGAGCCCAUUCACAGAAAACUGAAAUCACGCCCAACAGGCCAAUGGAUGCCGAGCCCACCCUCAGAAUCCCCGCCUUCCUGGCUAUAAUACAGGGGCAUGCAUUCAUUUCCUAAAUUCUUCGCUCAGCUCGCCUGAAGGAAGAACGUGUCACGCAAUUUACAAACUUUUCAAGCACACGAAGACUACAAGAUUCGGCUCCGACUUAGGUGUCUGUUAGUGGGGAGAGAGUACUCGUACCCCUAGAUGUUGCGAGUUUUGAGUCCUGGUAUUUGUUUUUGUUUUAUCUAAAAGCUAACUACUUUCUGCAACGCUUGUGUAGCUAAUGCUUACCUGCUUGAGUAAGAUGGCUAGUGGUAAGAGUAAUUUCAAAAAGGUAUGAGUCCCGUCCUGUUUGCCUGGGGUGGAAAUACGCUCAUGUGGCUUUGGCUCGGACCAGUUCGUGUCACCAUUGUGUCUGGCUGGGUUGAACUUCCAUUAGGCUUUGGGUUGACUUUGUGAGUAAGAUUGGAUCUUCUUAGCGAAGGGUUUUUCCGGUGAAGUGACCUCGGGAAUGGGGUUGUCUGAGGCCGGGAUAGAACAGCAGUGGUGGUCAAAGUUGAUAUGGGUGUCAUUCAAGCUGAGUGAGGCUCAUUCCGGUUUCUCUGGCAGUGUUCAGAGUAUCAGAAUGGCAGUACCAUGAAAGCACAUUGUUUCUACCCAAGGUUCUUUGGUGUUCAGGGUUAUCGAGAGUGCGGUAUCGUCCAGGUGUGGGCAUAAUAAACAUACUUCCUUCUCCACAUUCAGACACACGGUUGUGCCUAAAGGGCGUUGACUCCUUGGAGGGACCCGUGACUGUUGUUGCAGGGGGUUCUCAUGGGCUGGGUAGUUCCCGGAGGGCUGGGGAGAGCUGUGUGUGGGCUACUCGAAAUGAGGGAUUUGGUCAACAGCGCAAAGGGUGCUGCAUAUCAAUUAACCUAUAGCUACUGACUGUUUUGCUGCCGCUGAGGUGCUUCCCUCCGAUGCAGGAGGGACAGUAUGUGUUGGUAUGGUCUGAUAACAGGACGGCAGUGGCUACAUCAACAGGCAGGGAGGGACGCAGUCUCUCUCUCUCUCUCUCUCUCCUAAAUCUGUCCCGUUAUCUGCUCGGAUGCUUUGGCGUAUCAGUUGCCUCAGACAUGAUAUGCAUUUCCCCCGUUGGACCUGAUUGAGGCCACCAUGGAGAGGGUCCAUCAACUGUUGUUGAUUCUGGUUCUGGUGGCUCCCCGUUGGCCCAGAUAACCCUGGUCACAGAUAUGGGAUCUAUGGUUUUGGGCCCUGAAUGGUUGAAUUUGACGACUGGAGGUUUACCCUCGAAUGUGAUUACGACAGUAGUUAUAUUCAUAACUGUAUGUUCAUCUACCUUUCUGAUUGGCCUAACCCCAGGUUCAUCUACCUUUCUGAUGGGCACCAACCCCAGGUUCAUCUGCCUUCUGAUGGGCACCAACCCCAGGUUCAUCUGUCUUUCUGAUGGGCACCAACCCCAGGUUCAUCUGUCUUUCUGAUGGGCACCAACCCCAGGUUCAUCUACCUUUCUGAUGGGCACCAACCCCAGGUUCAUCUGUCUUUCUGAUGGGCACCAACCCCAGGUUCAUCUGUCUUUCUGAUGGGCACCAACCCCAGGUUCAUCUGUCUUUCUGAUGGGCACCAACCCCAGGUUCAUCUGUCUUUCUGAUGGGCACCAACCCCAGGUUCAUCUGUCUUUCUGAUGGGCACCAACCCCAGGUUCAUCUACCUUUCUGAUGGGCACCAACCCCAGGUUCAUCUGUCUUUCUGAUGGGCACCAACCCCAGGUUCAUCUGUCUUUCUGAUGGUCCUAACCCCAGGUUCAUCUGUCUCUCUGAUGGUCCUAACACCAGGUUCAUCUGUCUCUCUGAGGGGCACUUCUACCUUUUCUGUCUUCCCUUGACAGUCCCACCCUUUCAAUAAAACCACAAAAAUAUUGGGAAAAACACAGUACUGAGUGUGUUUAAUAAGAUUCACAGGCCUAAGUGAGUCCUGUCCUCUGUCCAGGUCCAUCUCCACGGAGACCCGGUCCAGCUGAUUCGCAUCAGGAACCCCUGGGGACAGGUGGAGUGGACUGGGCCCUGGAGUGAUAGGUGAGGGAAUGAUGGUGACUUCCAUACAGAUAGACUUCAAGCCCAACAAGCUCUACAGCCUGGCCCCAGAUCUGUUUCUGCUGUCUUGCCAACUUCUAUGGUCAUUGUCACCAAAGGAGUUGGCAAGACAGCACAAACAGGUCUGGGAACAGGCUACUACAUGCCCACUGUGUCUACAAGGAAGACCAACACCAAACAAUACUGAGAGUGGAAUAGCUCUCUGUAUACUGCAUAGACCAUGAUCACCUGUGCAGACCACUAUUUACAUUGACUGCUGUAUUCCCUUUAUCAGCUCCAGUGAAUGGAAAUAUGUCCAUCCCGAUGAGAAACUGAAGCUGGAUAAUGUUGCUGAGGAUGGGGAGUUCUGGUAAGUCGGCCCCCUGCCCCUUGUGCAUAACCUGGGGAUGGUACUGUGUAAUUAAGAGUUAGUCCUUCUCAUAAGUUAUGACACAUUUUAUUGCGCUUAAUGAAGGAGUUUGGCAUGAAGGCGUUAUGAGUUUGGUGGUUUUCAAAAAAAGUCUUACCAGAUGUUUCUACAUCUACGUCUGUGACCCCCUGGUCUGUCUUUGUGCCAAGGAUGUACAAGAUAUUUAUUUAAUUUGUUUGGAAGUGUCUGACACCCUGUUCUACAUACCGCCACUUUAUGGGCAAGAUGCACAAUAGCGUUAUAAAUUCAGUCCAUUUGUUGUCUACGGGUGUGUAGCUCAGUUGGUAGAGCAUGGCGUUUGCAAUGGCAGGGUUGUGGGUUUGAUUCCCAUGGGGGGCCAGUAUGAUUUUUUUUAUUUAUAAUAAUAAUGUAUGCACUCACUAACUGUAAGUUGCUCUGGAUAAGAGCGUCUGCUAAAUGACUUAAAUGUAAAUUUGUUCUGUACUGUAUUUUUAACUCUCCUGUGUGGGGUUCCCUCCCAGUAUUGUCAAUAUUGCUGAGAUGUUUGACGAAAAAGAAAUAGCAGGAGCGCUUCAGAAUUGUUCUCAUCUAUUUUUAUCUCUCUGGCAGGCAAACACACCCUUUAAACGCCUUAGAGUAAAAAAUUGAACAAAUCCUUGGUUCUCUAUAGAACUUUUAGAUAUUUCUAUGAUGAGAAAUCAGGCCUGGGCCAAGCCUAUAAAUACUGACUCUAUAGCUGAUUGGCAGAUUUUUCAGUCAAUUGAGAAAUAGAUUUCGCUUCCUCAAUCAAGAAAACGAAAUCUAGCUACUUUCUAUGUUCUGUCUCAUACUCUGCUGGUGAUCCGUCUAGAUUUUGUAAAGCAGUUAAUGCACUGAAGCGUGGAAAUUCCUCUCCUUCUCUGCAUAAGCAAGUUGUGUCAGACUCUGGCAUGCUUACUGAAAAAUAUGAGAUAAGUGAUGCUCUUAAUCAGCAUUUGAUCUCAGCAGGCUUUUUAUUUGAAAAAAAAAAUGGUGGUUUAAUUGACCCUGGUCAGCCAGUCAACUGCCUGCCCCUCUCCCAGACUCUAGAUGGUUCGAUGGAAGGUCUGUCAACUUCUAGUGAGUCUUUGUUUUCAUUUCAACAACUUUCUACUUGUUAUCUCCUAGAUGCACAAGAUUGAUGUAAAGAAAUCCACCGGGGCUGAAAUGCUUGAUCCUUUCUUGCUGCAGCAUUUUUUAACACAUAUUUUUAACCUAAUAAUUAUUUCUGGUACCAUUCCCAGGGUCUGGAAGGAGGCCCAUAUACUCCCCCUUCACAAAGGUGGUGGCCCGUGUAAUUAUCGCCCCAUUUCCAAACUCUCUUGCCUAGCAAACGUUUGAAAAACCUUUUUAAAUACUCAACUUAGAUCCCUUUCAACUUAAAAAUGUAUACUAAAUCUUCACCGGUUAAGUUGUAGAGUAGGUCAUAGCACUAUUUCUGCUACUUCUUUGGUUUUAAACGAUGUUCUUAAUAGUUUGGAUAAGAAGAAACACUGUCUAAAGCCUUAGACACUGUGGAUCACUCAAUAAUUAUACAGAGGCUUUUUAUAAAUUGGCCUGGACCAGGCUGCGUGUAGCUGGUUUGAAAAUCAUUUAAAGAACAUUUUAGUCAUUUAGCUCUUAUCCAAAGUGACUUACAGGAGCAAUUAGGGUUAAGUGCCUUGCUCAAGGGCACAUCGGCAGAUUUUUCACCUAGUCGGCUCGGGGAUUAGAACCAGCAACUUUUCGGUUACUGGCACAACGCUCUUAACCACUAAGCUACCUGCCGCCCCAGAACACAGUGUGUAUUUACUAAUGGUGUUAAAUUAGGUUUUAUGGACACAACAAAGGAUGGUCCUGUUAUUUUCACUAUUUACACUAACAAUAUUGGUUAAUCUGUAAAAAUGUUUUAUAAAAAAUUAACCUGUAUGCAGAUGACACUAUCGUGCAUGCUAUUGCUCCCACAUCUGACCAGGCUCAGUCAGGGCUUCAAUCUGCCUUUAUUGCCCUGCAGAAAGCAUUUGUUGAACUGAAAUCGGUACUUAAUGCAGGUAAAACCAAGUAUAUGUUAUUUUCCAAAUCACGUAAAAUAAUGUAGCUGAUGAUUUAUGUAUACGUACUUUGGUUGGUGCCCUCAUUGAUCGUGUCCCUGCUUAAAAAUAUCUGGUCAUCUGGAUUGAUGAAAAGCUAUCUUUUCAAAAAGCAUGUUGAUGAGUUAGUUAAGAAAUUAAGAAUUAAAAUGGGCUUCUUCUAUAGGAACAGGUCCUGUCUUUUGUUAAAUAGCAGAAAACAAAUAAUUCAGUCAACAUUUCAUUCUGGAUAUGGACUAUGGCGACGCAGUUCAUCGUAGCGCGAUUUCUUACCGGCGAAAGGUUCAGCAUUUUGUAUCAGAAAGUAGGUUGGCCCCUUUUUGAAGUCUCGUAGAUCGAUGCAUUGCGCUCUUUUUUGUCUAUAAAGCCCUCUUGCAUAAACUUCCGCCAUACCUUACCUCAUUGUUAUCCUUCAGACGUAUAAGUUCCCAGACCCGGACUCAGGGAUGGCUAACCCUGGAGAUCCCUUCAAACUCCACCAAGUUAAGUAAAUCUGCUUUUAGUUUUUUUUGGCGCAUCUCCCGUGGAAUGAUCUCCAAAACUCCUUUAAAGCUGGUGGAGUUGGUGCCUCUAGGGCAGUUCAGACGGGAUGUUAGAAGGCCUUCUUACUGAACAAUGUGUUUGUUUCAUAUGAUUGUGUUUUGUUUUUCCAUGUUUUGUGUUUGCUUUUCAUGUAUUGUGUUAUUGAUGUGUACAUACAGUGCAUUUGGAAAGUAUUCAGACCCCUUGACUUUUUUCCACAUUUUGUUAUGUUACAGCCUUAUUCUAAAAUGGAUUACAUUAUUUUUUUCCCUCUCAUCAAUCUACACACAAUAAACCAUAAUGACAAACCAAAAACAGGUUUUUAGAUUUGUUUGCAAAUUUAUAAAAAAUAAAACACAGAAAAUAUCACAUUUACAUAAGUAUUCAGACCAUUUACUCAAUAUUUUGUUGAAGCACCUUUGGCAGUGAUUACAGCCUCGAGUCUUCUUGGGUAUGAUGCUAUAAGCACUCCUCCGGACUCUGGCUGGGCCACUCAAGGACAUUCAGACUUGUCCCGAAGCCACUCCUGCGUUGUCUUGGCUGUGUGCUUAGGGUCGUUGUCCUGUUGGAAGGUGAACCUUCGCCCCAGUCUGAGGUCCUGAGCGCUCUGGAGCAGGUUUUCAUCAAGGAUCUCUCUGUACUUUGCUCUGUUCAUCUUUGCCUCGAUCCUGACUAGUCUACCAGUCCCUGCCGCUGAAAUACAUCCCCAGAGCAUGAUGCUGCCACCACCAUGCUUCACCGUAGGGAUGGUGCCAGGUUUCCUCCAGACGUGAUGCUUGGCAUUCAGGCCAAAGUUCAAUCUUGGUUUCAUCAGACCAGAGAAUCUUAUUUCUCAUGGUCUGAGAGUCUUUAGGUGCCUUUUGGCAAACUCCAAGUGGGCUGUCAUGUGCCUUUUACUGAGGAGUGGCUUCCGUCUGGCCACUCUACCAUAAAGGCCUGAUUGGUGGAAUGCUGCAGAGAUGGUUGUCCUUCUGGAAUGUUCUCUCAUCUCCACAGAGGAACUCUAGAGCUCUGUCAGAGUCACCAUCGGGUUCUUGGUCACCUCCCUGACCAAGGCCUUUCUCCUCCGAUUGCUCAGUUUGGCCGGGAGGCCAGCUCUAGGAAGAGUCUUGGCGGUUCCAAACAUCUUCCAUUUUAAGAAUGAUGGAGGCCACUGUGUUCUUCGGGACCUUCAAUGCUGCAGACAUUUUUUGGUACCCUUCCCCAGAUCUGUGCCUCGACACAAUCCUGUCUCGGAGCUCUAUGGACAAUUCCUUCGACCUCAUGGUUUGGUUUUUGCUAUGACAUGCACUGUCAACUGUGGGACCUUAUAUAGACAGGUGUGUGCCUUUCCAAAUCAUGUCCAAUCAAUUGAAUUCACCACAGGUGGACUCCAAUCAAGUUGUAGAAACAUCUCAAGGAUGAUCAAUGGAAACAGGAUGCACCUUAGCUCAAUUUCGAGUCUCAUAGCAAAAAGUCAAGGAGUCUGAAUACUUUCAGAAUAGUGUACUAGUUGUUUAUCGAUGUGUUCAUGCAGGGCUCAUCUGCAAAAGAUACCGGGGUCUCAGCAUGACUCCCUGCUUAAAUGUACAUUUACAUUUUAGCAGUGGUGGAAAAAGUAUUCAAUUGACAUACUUGAGUAAAAGUAAAGAUACCUUAAUAGAAAAUGACUGAAGUAAAAGUGAAAGUCACCCAGUAAAAUACUACCUGAGUAAAAGUCUAAUUUUGGUAGUAUUUGGUUUUAAAUAUAUUUAAGUAUCAAAAGUAAAUGGAAUUGCUAAAAUGUACUUAAGUAUCAAAAGUAAAUGGAAUUGCUAAAAUGUACUUAAGUAUCAAAAGUAAAUGGAAUUGCUAAAAUGUACUUAAGUAUCAAAAGUAAAUGGAAUUGCUAAAAUGUACUUAAGUAUCAAAAGUAAAUGGAACUGCUAAAAUGUACUUAAGUAUCAAAAGUAAAUGGAACUGCUAAAAUGUACUUAAGUAUCAAAAGUAAAUGGAAUUGCUAAAAUGUACUUAAGUAUCAAAAGUAAAUGGAAUUGCUAAAAUGUACUUAAGUAUCAAAAGUAAAAGUAAAAGUAUAAAUCAUUUCAAAUUCCUUAUAUUAAGCCAGACGGCACCAUUUUGUAUUUUAUUGUUAUUGAAGGAUAGCCAGGGGCACACUCCAACACUCAGACAUCAUUUUCAAACGAAGCAUUUGUGUUUAAUUAGUCUGCCAGAUCAGAUGCAGAAGGGAUGACCAGGGCUGUUAUCUUGAUACGUAUGUGAAUUGGACCAUUUUCCUGUCAAAAUGUAACAAGUACUUUUGGGUGUCAGGGAGAAUGUAUGGAGUAAAAAGUACAUUAUUUUCUUUAGGAAUGUGGUGAAGUAAAAGUAAAAGAUGGACAAAAAUACUACUACUUAAGUAGUAUUUUAAAGUAUUUUUACUUAAGUACUUUACACCACUGCAUUUUAGUCAUUUAGCUAGCUUUAGCUUUAGCGUACAUUUUCCGCACUUUUUCGUACUAGUCCCCCGUGGUAAUCGAACCCACAACCCAGGCGUUCCUAGCACCAUGCUCUAUCAACUGAGCCACGUAAAAUAUUCAAACAUUUAAAACAACCACAGGUUCUCCUGUAGGGGAAUAGUACUACUGCUGGACCCUUUUAAUUUGAGUCAGUUACUACAGCAGGAAAAUAAUCCUGCAGCAACAGGAAAUGGGAAUUAUAAUAAUAGUGGUGUAGGGGUUGAUACAUUCUUCAAAUCAAGUCUGAAAUUUUAAAGUGGAAAUUACAAACUUUAGAAGCCUUUUUGAACCUAGAAAUUACUAUGAGUUUGCAUUUCCUGCCUUGCAGGAACAUUCCUGCAUCAACAGGACGAUCAAAUUAAGAUACGGCAUUUGUAGAAAAGGAAAAGGGGAAAAAUUAUAACCACAAAUGGGUGCCAAGUGGCAUUUAAAAAGCCUUUAUUUUGUGGGCUAAGUCAUUAUUAUUAAAAUACACCAACGCGUAUCGGCUAACACCUUCAUCAAGGUGUUCGGCUGAUGCUGAUGCUUCCACUAGAGUCUCCAGGAUGUACUACUGUAAGGCAGUUCUUAGCUUGGCAUCCAAAAUUAUUUCACCUGUUGUUUUGAAGUGAAACCGUGGUCUGCACCGUGUUCACUCUGGUUCAUCCAGGCUAUGCUCUGUCUCUCUGUCUCCAGGAUGUCCUAUUCAGACUUUGUGCGUCAGUUCUCCAAGCUGGAGAUCUGUAACCUGACUCCGGACACACUGACCAGUGAUGAGGUGGGUCACUGGAACCACUGCCAGUACAAAGGCACAUGGAGGGUUGGGUCUACCGCUGGAGGCUGCAGGAACCAUGCAGGUAAAUCCCCACAAACAGUCUGAAUAGUUUAAUAAUAAUAAUAUGCCAUUUAGCAGACGCUUUUAUCCAAAGCGACUUAUAGUCAUGCGUGCAUACAUUUUUUUGUGUAUGGGUGGUCCCGGGGAUCGAACCCACUACCUUGGCGUUACAAGCGCGGUGCUCUACCAGCUGAGCUACAGAGGACCACAGUUUUUUUUUUACAACCAAAUCUGUAUUUUGUAUGUAAUUUAAAUGGCAUGUUAUAAAAGUGUCCAGAGAUUAUUUUUGUUGUUGUUGUUGCAAUUUCACUUGUUUUUUUUAGAAACUUGCCCCAACCAGCGAUAGACUUCCUUAUGCUUGUUCUGCAGUAUGAGGGCUCAAAAGAAACAUGUUUUUUUUUUUUUUUGGUUUUUUUUUUUAAACACCUAAGUACAUCCUUUUAGAAAUGGUCUCAGUAUAGUGAUGCAGGUCUUUGUGUCAUUCCAAACUUUAUUGGCAAUGUUAUAUUCCAUUUUGUUUACAUUUACAGUUUAGUCAUUUUGCAGACACUCUUCUUCAAAGCGACUUACACAUAAUAAUAUAUUUACAGGAACAAUUAGGGUUAAGUACCUUGCUCAAGGGCACAUCGUCAGAUUUUUCACCUAAUCGGCUCAUGGAAUCGAAACUAGCAACUUUUCGGGUUACAACGCUCUUAACCGCUAGGCGAGUCGAGCGAUAUUUCUCUGUCCAUUCUCUAGGCUACAUGGAGAAUGGCACAGCUGGUCCGGGGAAAACAGCCUGAGUUAUACAAAAUUGAAUAUAACGUUGCGCAUAAAGUUCAGAAUGACACAAUUUCAUGUGAACAACAUCUAAAGACCGGCAUCACUAUACUCAGAGUGUUUCUGUUUCUAAAAGGAUGCACCCUGAACAAAAAUAUAAACGCAACAUGUAAAGUGUUAGUCCCAUGAUAUUUUCCAUACUCACAAAACGCUUAGUUUCUCUCAAAUUUGGUGCACAAAUUUGUUUACAUCCCUGUUGGUGAGCAUUUCUCCUUUGCCAAGAUAAUCCAUCCACCUGACAGGUGUGGCAUAUCAAGAAGCUGAUUAAACAGCAUGAUCAUUACACAGGUGCACCUUGUGCUGGGGACAAUAAAAGGCCACUGUAAAAUGUGCAGUUUUGUCACACAACACAAUGCCACAAAUCUUGAGGGAGCGUGCAAUUGGCAUGCUGACUGCAGAGGUGUCCACCAGAACUGUUACCAGCUGUUAAUGUUCAUAUCUCUACCAUAAUCCCCCUCUAUCGUCAUUUUUGAGAAUUUGGCAGUAUGACCAACCGGCCUCACAACCGCAGACCACGUGUAUGGCAUCGUGUGGGCGAGCGGUUUGCUGAUGUCAACGUUGUGAACAGAGUGCCCCAUGGUGGUGGGGUUAUGGUGUGGGCAGGCAUGAGCUACGGACAACGAACACAAUUGCAUUUUAUCCAUGGCAAUUUGAAUGCACAGAGAUACCGUGACGAGAUCCUGAGGCCCAUUGUCGUGCCAUUCAUCCUCCGCCAUAACCUCAUGAUUCAGCAUGAUAAUGCACGGCCCCAUGUCGCAAAGGAUCUGUACACAAUUCCUGGAAGCUGAACAUGUCCCAGUUCUUCCAUGGCCUGCAUACUCACCAGAAAUGUCACCCAUUGAGCAUGUUUGGGAUGCUCUGGAUCGACGUGUACAACAGCGUGUUCCAGUUCCCGCUAGUAUCCAGCAACUUCGCACAGCCAUUGAGGAGGAGUGGGACAACAUUCCACAAGUGAAAAUCAACAGCCUGAGCAACUCUAGACGAAGGAGAUGUGUCGCACUGCAUGAGGCAAAUGGCGGUCCACCAGAUACUGACUACUUGUUUUUUAAAGGUAUCUGUGACCAACAGAUGCAUGUCUGUAUUCCCUGUCGUGAAAUCCAGAGAUUAUGGUCUAAUGAAUUUAUUUCAAAUGACUGAUUUCCUUAUAUGAACUGUAACUCAGUAAAAUCUUUUCAAUUGUUGCGUUUAUAUUUUUGUUCAGUAUAUUUGGGUGUUUUUGGAGACUUUGUUCAUGUUUAUUUCUGAGCCCCCCAUACUGCAGAAUGAGCAUGGGGAAGUCUAUCGCUGGUUGGGUUACAUUUCGAUGUAUCCUAGAUGCCAUUUCCUCUCGUUUUGCCCUUGAGCAAGGCACUAAAACCCCUAAACUACUUCGGGGCACUGAUUUCCCUCUGUGUGGUUUCCUUCCAGCAACGUUCUGCUCCAACCCCCAGUUCCUGGUGUGUCUGGAGGAUGUGGACGAUGACCCUCUGGAUGGGGUGGACGGCUGCACUUUCCUGGUGGGCCUGAUGCAGAAAGAUGGACGUCGCAACCGCCAGUUGGGAGAAGACCUCACCGCCAUCGGGUUUGCCAUCUACAAGGCAUGCAUAGUCACUUUCCCCUUAUCUACAUGUACAAAUUACCUCGACUAACCCCCCCCCCCCCCCCCCCCCCCCCACAUUGACUCAGUACUGGUACCCCCUGCAUAUAGCCUCAGGAUUGUUAUUUUAUUGUGUUACUUUUUUGGGGGGGUUAUUCUUUUUUAAACUUGAGUUUAUUUAUAAAUUAUUUUCUUAACUCUAUUUUUCUUAAAACUGCAUUGUUGGUUAAGGGCUUGUAAGUACGCAUUUCACUGUAAGGUCUACACCUGUUGUAUUCGUCGCGUGUGACAAAUAAAAUGUGAUUGGAUUUGAUUACACCAAUAUUACUUUAAAUAGGCCCAUUGCUCCUGAUGAAGCAUAGACCAUCAAUCAACCACUCUGCUCCAUCAUACACUGUUCUGGGCAGUUAAUGUAAUUCAGUGUUAAUAUAAUUCAAUGUUAAUAUAAUUCAAUAGGAUUCAUAUAAAAUGAAUUCCAACUCUUGUUCUUGCUUUUCUCUUACAGGUUCCUGAUGAGGUUUGUAUUCAUCAAUCAAUUCAAGCGAAUGGAGCAAAUAGAUGAAUCCAGUUCUGUCUGUAAUGAGGCUGCCUGCUCUGUGCAUUAUACGAUAUCCUAUUUCUUUAUCACUCAUGGUUGGUACACGUACACAUUCUGAUUUUCUUAUCUGAAUCUUUUUUUUUUUUUUUUUUUGAUAUAUUUUCACAUCAACUGCACCAUGAUGAAUGGUUUUCUGAGGACAUUGAUCUCUCUCCCACUUCCCUCCACUUCCUCAGUAUAAGGGUCAGUCUAACAUCCACCUGGGAGCAGACGUGCUGCUGAGACAGAAACACGUAGCCAUGAGCAGCACCUUCAUUAACACCAGAGAGGUCGGCUUCGCUUUUCAUCGCCACCAUUUUAUCAUUUUUACUGUAAAAAGCGUGUUACAAUUUUAAUUACGCUUUAAAGAAAGAAUGCUUUGAUUUGAAGGAGCUUGCUCCAAAAACACGUCAACAAUAAAUAUAAUUGAAGGGAGCCAGGCUGUUAUCCUGAAACCUUACUUUUUCAUUGAAUGGAACUAGCCUGUUAUCCUGAAACCUUACUCUACAAUUGAACUUUAAUUCAAGUUUGAUUUGAUUUGUUUUUUUGUAUUUAGGUGUGUGACCGUUUCUGCCUUCCCCCCGGGAAGUAUGUCAUCAUCCCUUCCACCUUCCAGCCUCACAAGAAUGGGAGCUUCAUCCUCAGAGUGUUCUCAGAGAAACAUGUUGCCACCAGGUACGUUUGUUCACCUUUAACCACACACUAUGAUCCUGUCUAGAAACAUCUCCUAGUCCUUAACCCCCUGGACACUAUGAUCCUGUCUAGAAACAUCUCCUAGUCCUUAACCCCCUGGACACUAUGAUCCUGUCUAGAAACAUCUCCUAGUCCUUAACCCCCUGGACACUAUGGUCCUGUCUAGAAACAUCUCCUAGUCCUUAACCCCCUGGACACUAUGGUCCUGUCUAGUAACAUCUCCUAGUCCUUAACCCCCUGGACACUAUGGUCCUGUCUAGAAACAUCUCCUAGUCCUUAACCCCCUGGACACUAUGGUCCUGUCUAGAAACAACUCCUAGUCCUUAACCCCCUGGACACUAUGGUCCUGUCUAGAAACAUCUCCUAGUCCUUAACCCCCUGGACACUAUGGUCCUGUCUAGAAACAACUCCUAGUCCUUAACCCCCUGGACACUAUGGUCCUGUCUAGAAACAUCUCCUAGUCCUUAACCCCCUGGACACUAUGGUCCUGUCUAGAAACAUCUCCUAGUCCUUAACCCCCUGGACACUAUGGUCCUGUCUAGAAACAUCUCCUAGUCCUUAACCCCCUGGACACUAUGGUCCUGUCUAGAAACAUCUCCUAGUCCUUAACCCCCUGGACACUAUGGUCCUGUCUAGAAACAUCUCCUAGUCCUUAACCCCCUGGACACUAUGGUCCUGUCUAGAAACAUCUCCUAGUCCUUAACCCCCUGGACACUAUGGUCCUGUCUAGAAACAUCUCCUAGUCCUUAACCCCCUGGACACUAUGGUCCUGUCUAGAAACAUAUCCUAGUCCUUAACCCCCUGGACACUAUGGUCCUGUCUAGUAACAACUCCUAGUCCUUAACCCCCUGGACACUAUGGUCCUGUCUAGAAACAUAUCCUAGUCCUUAACCCUCUGGACACUAUGGUCCUGUCUAGAAACAUCUUCUAGUCCUUAACCCCCUGGACACUAUGGUCCUGUCUAGAAACAACUCCUAGUCCUUAACCCCCUGGACACUAUGGUCCUGUCUAGAAACAUCUCCUAGUCCUUAACCCCCUGGACACUAUGGUCCUGUCUAGAAACAUCUCCUAGUCCUUAACCCCCUACACACUAUGGUCCUGUCUAGAAACAUCUCCUAGUCCUUAACCCCCUGGACACUAUGGUCCUGUCUAGAAACAUCUCCUAGUCCUUAACCCCCUGGACACUAUGGUCCUGUCUAGAAACAACUCCUAGUCCUUAACCCCCUGGACACUAUGGUCCUGUCUAGAAACAUCUCCUAGUCCUUAACCCCCUGGACACUAUGGUCCUGUCUAGAAACAACUCCUAGUCCUUAACCCCCUGGACACUAUGGUCCUGUCUAGAAACAACUCCUAGUCCUUAACCCCCUGGACACUAUGGUCCUGUCUAGAAACAUCUCCUAGUCCUUAACCCCCUGGACACUAUGGUCCUGUCUAGAAACAUCUCCUAGUCCUUAACCCCCUGGACACUAUGGUCCUGUCUACAAACAACUCAUAGUCCUUAACCCCCUGGACACUAUGGUCCUGUCUAGAAACAUCUCCUAGUCCUUAACCCCCUGGACACUAUGGUCCUGUCUAGAAACAUCUCCUAGUCCUUAACCCCCUGGACACUAUGGUCCUGUCUAGAAACAUCUCCUAGUCCUUAACCCCCUGGACACUAUGGUCCUGUAUAGUAACAUCUCCUAGUCCUUAACCCCCUGGACACUAUGGUCCUGUCUAGUAACAACUCCUAGUCCUUAACCCCCUGGACACUAUGGUCCUGUCUAGAAACAUCUCCUAGUCCUUAACCCCCUGGACACUAUGGUCCUGUCUAGAAACAUCUCCUAGUCCUUAACCCCCUGGACACUAUGGUCCUGUCUAGAAACAACUCCUAGUCCUUAACCCCCUGGACACUAUGGUCCUGUCUAGAAACAUCUCCUAGUCCUUAACCCCCUGGACACUAUGGUCCUGUCUAGUAACAUCUCCUAGUCCUUAACCCCCUGGACACUAUGGUCCUGUCUAGAAACAUCUCCUAGUCCUUAACCCCCUGGACACUAUGGUCCUGUCUAGAAACAACUCCUAGUCCUUAACCCCCUGGACACUAUGGUCCUGUCUAGAACCAACUCCUAGUCCUUAACCCCCUGGACACUAUGGUCCUGUCUAGAAACAUCUCCUAGUCCUUAACCCCCUGGACACUAUGGUCCUGUCUAGAAACAUCUCCUAGUCCUUAACCCCCUGGACACUAUGGUCCUGUCUAGAAACAACUCCUAGUCCUUAACCCCCUGGACACUAUGGUCCUGUCUAGAAACAACUCCUAGUCCUUAACCCCCUGGACACUAUGGUCCUGUCUAGAAACAUCUCCUAGUCCUUAACCCCCUGGACACUAUGGUCCUGUCUAGUAACAUCUCCUAGUCCUUAACCCCCUGGACACUAUGGUCCUGUCUAGAAACAACUCCUAGUCCUUAACCCCCUGGACACUAUGGUCCUGUCUAGAAACAUCUCCUAGUCCUUAACCCCCUGGACACUAUGGUCCUGUCUAGAAACAACUCCUAGUCCUUAACCCCCUGGACACUAUGGUCCUGUCUAGAAACAACUCCUAGUCCUUAACCCCCUGGACACUAUGGUCCUGUCUAGAAACAUAUCCUAGUCCUUAACCCCCUGGACACUAUGGUCCUGUCUAGAAACAACUCCUAGUCCUUAACCCCCUGGACACUAUGGUCCUGUCUAGAAACAUCUCCUAGUCCUUAACCCCCUGGACACUAUGGUCCUGUCUAGAAACAACUCCUAGUCCUUAACCCCCUGGACACUAUGGUCCUGUCUAGAAACAACUCCUAGUCCUUAACCCCCUGGACACUAUGGUCCUGUCUAGUAACAACUCCUAGUCCUUAACCCCCUGGACACUAUGGUCCUGUCUAGAAACAACUCCUAGUCCUUAACCCCCUGGACACUAUGGUCCUGUCUAGAAACAACUCCUAGUCCUUAACCCCCUGGACACUAUGGUCCUGUCUAGUAACAACUCCUAGUCCUUAACCCCCUGGACACUAUGGUCCUGUCUAGAAACAACUCCUAGUCCUUAACCCCCUGGACACUAUGGUCCUGUCUAGUAACAACUCCUAGUCCUUAACCCCCUGGACACUAUGGUCCUGUCUAGAAACAUCUCCUAGUCCUUAACCCCCUGGACACUAUGGUCCUGUCUAGUAACAACUCCUAGUCCUUAACCCUCUGGACACUAUGGUCCUGUCUAGUAACAACUCCUAGUCCUUAACCCCCUGGACACUAUGGUCCUGUCUAGAAACAACUCAUAGUCCUUAACCCCCUGGACACUAUGGUCCUGUCUAGAAACAACUCCUAGUCCUUAACCCCCUGGACACUAUGGUCCUGUCUAGAAACAACUCCUAGUCCUUAACCCCCUGGACACUAUGGUCCUGUCUAGUAACAACUCCUAGUCCUUAACCCCCUGGACACUAUGGUCCUGUCUAGAAACAACUCCUAGUCCUUAACCCCCUGGACACUAUGGUCCUGUCUAGAAACAACUCCUAGUCCUUAACCCCCUGGACACUAUGGUCCUGUCUAGAAACAACUCCUAGUCCUUAACCCCCUGGACACUAUGGUCCUGUCUAGAAACAACUCCUAGUCUUUAACCCCCUGGACACUAUGGUCCUGUCUAGAAACAACUCCUAGUCCUUAACCCCCUACACACUAUGGUCCUGUCUAGUAACAACUCCUAGUCCUUAACCCCCUGGACACUAUGGUCCUGUCUAGAAACAACUCCUAGUCUUUUUUUUUGUUCACCUUUAUUUAACCAGGUAAGCCAGUUGAGAACAAGUUCUCAUUUACAACUGCGACCUGGCCAAGAUAAAGCAAAGCAGUGCGAUUAAAAACAACAACAACACAGAGUUACAUAUGGAAUAAACAAAACGUACAGUCAAUAACACAAUAGAAAAUCUAUAUACAGUGUGUGCAAAUGUAGUAAGCUAUGGAGGUAAGGCAAUAAAUAGGCCAUAGUGCAAAAUAAUUACAAUUAUAAUGUAGUAUUAACACUGGAGUGAUAAACAACAAUAUGGGGAUGAGGUAGUUGGGUGGGCUAAUUACAGAUGGGCUGUGUACAGGUGCAGUGAUCGGUAAGCUGCUCUGACAACUGAUGCUUAAAGAUAGUGAGGGAGCCGCCGAAAGUAGUGAUUCUAGUCGGGCAGGCGGGUGCAAGCAGCGUUCGAUUGAAGAGCAUGCAUUUAGUUUUACUAGCGUUUUAAGAGCAAUUGGAGGCCACGGAAGGAGUGUUGUAUGACAUUGAAGCUCGUUUGGAGGUUUGUUAACACAGUGUCCAAUGAAGGGCCAGAUGUAUACAAAAUGGUGUCGUCUGCGUAGAGGCGGAUCUGAGAGUCACCAGCAGCAAGAGCGACAUCAUUGAUAUACACAGAGAAUAGAGUCGGACCGAGAAUUGAACCCUGUGGCACCCCCAUAGAGACUGCCAGAGGUCCAGACAACAGGCCCUCCGAUUUGACACAUUGAACUCUAUCUGAGAAGUAGUUGGUGAACCAGGCGAGGCAGUCAUUUGAGAAACCAAGGCUAUUUAGUCUGCCAAUAAGAAUGCGGUGAUUGACAGAGUCAAAAGCCUUGGCCAGGUCAAUGAAGACGGCUGCACAGUACUGUCUUUUAUCGAUCGCGGUUAUAAUAUCGUUUAGGACCUUGAGCGUGGCUGAGGUACACCCAUGACCAGCUCGGAAACCAGAUUGCAUAGCGGAGAAGGUACGGUGGGAUUCUAAAUGGUCGGUGAUCUGUUUGUUAACUUGGCUUUCAAAUACUUUCGAAAGGCAGGGCAGGAUGGAUAUAGGUCUGUAACAGUUUGGAUCUAGAGUGUCACCCCCUUUGAAGAGGGGGAUGACCGCGGCAGCUUUCCAAUCUCUGGGGAUCUCAGACGAUACUAAAGAGAGGUUGAACAGGCUGGUGAUAUGGGUUGUGACAAUUUCGGCGGCUAAUUUUAGAAAAAAAGGGUCCCUAGACACUAUGGUCCUGUCUAGCCCAUGAAGAGUGCCUAGGGGAAGGAAGGAGCUAGGGGUUGGCAAUUAAGUGCCUAGGGGAAAGGGGCUAAGGGGAAGGGGGGCAAAGUACGGCCAGCCGGGCACUUCAAUCCAGCCCACAAUACUUUUUUUUUAUGUACCGUAUUCAAUAUUAUUAUAUUUGAGUUACAAUUUUUGGCCUAAAAUGACUAAUUCCAUGAUGUACAAACAACCUCCAGUAGAUGGCGCUGUAGCCUGGUCUGUAUUUGGGCCUACAGUCAGAUUCAGAAUGCGCUCAGUCAUCAUAGCCACUUCAUUGCUUGACGACUUUUGACGUGAAAAAUGAGUGCUGCGAAAAUGAGAAAAGUGGACUCUGAAUAUCACGUGUUUAAAGAAGAAUGGACAGAAAAAUACUUUUGUACUAAUAUUGGACAUAAGGCGGUAUGUGUGAUAUGCCAAGAAAGUGCUGGCAUUUUGAAGGAAUAUAAUCUCAAUCGUAAUUUUUUUUUUUCAAGCAAGCAUGCUAACUAAGCAUCUUUUUUCUAUAGCACUGGAUGAGAGUACCAAUUCAACCGGUAAAAACAUUGGCUAAACUAAAAAGAUUACAAGACAAAGUAAAAUAAGCAUGGUCCUGUCUCAUCAGGAAGCCCUGUGUAAAAGUGUGUUAAAGCUGGACAAUGUUGUUGUCAAAGUGGUUGUAAAACUUGUCAACUUUAUACGGGCAAUGCGUCUUAACCAUCGUCAGUUCAUUCAGCUGCUCAAUGUCACAGAGGCAGAGCACCAGGACUUGUUGUAACAUUCAAAUGUGCGCUGGCUAAGCCUGGGAAAAGUAUUUCGCCCUGUGUCGGAACUGAGAGGGGAGAUCGGUUGGUAAAGCUGACGACUUCUCAGAGUUGAAAGACAGACUGGCUGGGCGACUUUGCUUUCGGUGUGGACAUAUUGGGGCAUCUGAACGAUCUAAAUGUGAAACUGCAGGGAAAUUGGGUUUUUUGUGCUUGAACUAUAUUCCAACGUCAAAGCAUUCAAGGCCAAACUUAUGUUGUUCUCCAGACAAAUGAGCAGCCGGUCUCUCGCUCAUUUUCCGACACUGGCCGCAAUGAACGCGCCCACAUCGCAGUGCCGCACUGAGACAUACAGUAGCACUUUGAUCGACCUGCAUGCCGCUUCUCAGACUUCACCAAGAUGGAGCUCAUCGAUAUCCAACGUGACAGUGCUUUGAAGGAGAAGUAAAAAACAGCAACAAUAGACCAGUUCUAUGGCUCACUGAAUGAAACAAAAGUUUCCAAACAUGAAAAAAGCACGACCAAAGGAUGCUUGUUUUAUUCAGGUCCACAUAUGUGUGUGAACAAACGUUCUCAGUCAUGAAUUACAACAAAUCCCGUCACAGGUCAAAUUUAACAAAUGACCACUUGUCAGCUGUUCUGAGAAUCUCUACAUCAAAGAUGACACCAGACUUUGAUACCCCUUGCCAAGAGAGGUGACCAGAUCCAUUGUUCACAUUAAGACUCAAAUAACCGUGACUGGGGUAGGCAAGGAUUAUUCUUUUUCAUGGUGAUGAUUAUGCAGUGAGAAUUAUCCAGCAAUGCACUUGGAAUCAGGUAAUAACUAUUCAGUCAGAUUUGUGCUGAGGUGAUUGGAUAACAGUGGAUAUGGCUCACAAUGGAGAUGAGAAUUGUUCCUUAAUAUGCUUUCAAAAACAGACCAUUCCAAAUGAAACAGAUGCUCUCACCAUAUGUUUCACCAUAUGUUUCACUCAAAUUUUAGAAUUGUUUAUUUUUUUACACAUCUGCUGUUACAUUUUGAAUGUCUCCAGUCAUAUAAUAUAUAUAUAUUAUUAAGUUUGCAUAUUGUGACUGUAAGUUUGAUUGUACUUUACAAGGGUAGAGAUGCAGGAUCUCUCUGUGUGUGUUUGUCUGUGAUGUUAUAAAUGAUGUAAAUCUUGUGAAAAAUUUGUUCACCAAAAACAAGGGUAGAGAUGGUACAGUGGCUUGCGAAAGUAUUCACCCCCCCUUGGCAUUUUUCCUAUUUUGUUGCCUUACAACCUGGAAUUAAAAUUGAUGUUUUUUUUUUUUGGGGGGGGGGGGGGGGGGGGGGUUGUAUCAUUUGAUUUACACAACAUGCCUACCACUUUGAAGAUGCAAAAAAAAAAAAAUCUUGUGAAACAAACAAGAAAUAAGACAAAAAAACAGAAAACUUGAGCGUGCAUAACUAUUCACCCCCCCAAAGUCAAUACUUUGUAGAGCCACCUUUUGCAGCAAUUACAGCUGCAAGUCUCUUGGGGUAUGUCUCUAUAAGCUUGGCACAUCUAGCCACUGGGAGUUUUGCCCAUUCUUCAAGGCAAAACUGCUCCAGCUCCUUCAAGUUGGAUGGGGUUCUCGGGGUGAUGAGAGGUGUUGGGUUUUCACCAGACAUAGCGUUUUCCUUGAUGGGCAAAAAGCUCAAUUUUAGUCUCAUCUGACCAGAGUACCUUUUUCCAUAUGUUUGGGGAGUCUCCCACAUGGCUUUUGGCGAACACCAAAAGUGUUUGCUUAUUUUUUUCUUUAAGCAAUGGCUUUUUUCUGGCCACUCUUCCGUAAAGCCCAGCUCUGUGGAGUGUAUGGCUUAAAGUGGUCCUAUGGACAGAUACUCCAAUCUCCGCUGUGGAGCUUUGCAGCUCCUUCAGGGUUAUCUUUGGUCUCUUUGUUACCUCUCUGAUUAAUGCCCUCCUUGCCUGGUCCGUGAGUUUUGGUGGGCGGCCCUCUCUUGGCAGGUUUGUUGGGGUGCCAUAUUCUUUUCAUUUUUUAAUAAUGGAUUUAAUGGUACUCCGUGGUAUGUUCAAAGUUUCUGAUAUUUUUUUUAUAACCCAACCCUGAUCUGUACUUCUCCACAACUUUGUCCCUGACCUGUUUGGAGAGCUCCUUGGUCUUCAUGGUGCCGCUUGCUUGGUGGUGCCCCUUGCUUAGUGGUGUUGCAGACUCUGGGGCCUUUCAGAACAGGUGUAUAUAUACUGAGAUCAUGUGACAGAUCAUGUGACACUUAGAUUGCAGACAGGUGGACUUUAUUUAACUAAUUAUGUGACUUCUGAAGGUGAUUGGUUGCACCAGAUCUUAUUUAGGGGCUUCAUAGCAAAGGGGGUGAAUACAUAUGCACACACCACUUUUCCGUUAUUUAUUUUUUAGAAUGUUUUGAAACAAGUUAUUUUUUUUUCAUUUCACUUCACCAAUUUGGACUAUUUUGUGUAUGUCCAUUACAUGAAAUCCAAAUAAAAAUCAAUUUAAAUUACAGGUUGUAAUGCAACAAAAUAGGAAAAACGCCAAGGGGGAUGAAUACUUUUGCAAGGCACUGUACAAGGGUAGAAUUGUUCUGCAAGCAUAUGUACACCUACAAUACACUGGUAGUUCCGUGUCAAUGUGAAAAUGAAUAAAGGCUUCACAUGUUUUGUCAUGCAAAAAGUAUGUGGCCCUUCACUUGGUUUCAAAAACUCAAUGUGACCCUUGAGCCAAAAGGUUUGCCCACCCCUGUGCUAAUGGGGUUGUUUCAUGAAGUGCCUAGGGGAAAGGGAUAAGGGGUUCUUUAAUUAAGUGCCUAGGGGAAAGCGGCUACAGGAUGUUUCUGGACAGGGCCAACAUGUGGAGGACGUGAGUCAUCAAAACUUUGAACAGCUCGCAAUGGAUUCUGAUAGCACUGUUUAUCUACAAGCUGAUACCCCCACCUAGUGGAUAAAGAGUACAACUGAAACUAAAUGUGUUAUUUCAGGGAAAUGGGAUCAGUGGCUGCUGAAGAGGUAAAGGAGGUAAGCUGUUGACCUCCUUAAGAGGUUCCCUUAUUUAUUCUAGAGUAUAUUAUUAAUCUAUUCAGAACGACUGUCUUUUUGACAUAAUAUGUCCAAAAAUAUGCUUAUUGAUCAAUAUCUAUUUUCCAGACUAAAGUGGCAGAGAAAGAUGUGGAUCCCCAUUUCAAGAAUAUGUUCAAGCAGAUCGCCGGCAAUGUAAGUUCCCUCUAGUUUUACAUACAAUAAUGAACUGAGCUGACUGCUUUGCGUGAAAAAAAUACAUUAUAUUUCAUGAACAGGACGAAGAGGUGUCUGUCUUCAAACUUGUUGAAAUUCUGAACAAAGUUUUUGCUAAAAGUAAGACAUUUUCAAUAACUUUAUAAAUAAAAUACAUUAAAUUAUAAAAGUAUGUAAUGAGCCUUAGAACGAAUGUUAUUUAACUCAUUAUAUUAUUCUAAUGUUUUCCAGGGGCCGAUAUCAAGAGCGAUGGUUUUAGUCUUGAAACUGGACGUCACAUUAUCAGUCUUCUAGAUGUAUCCUUUACAGUUAGAAAAAACGAUUUCCUUUUAUAUCUAUGUCUUAAUUUGACACCUAAACAAAAUGUCUGUACUGUUCCAUGCAGUUUUCUAGCCUGGUCCCAGAUCUGUUUGUGCAGUUUUGCCAACUCCUGUGGUCAUUGGGUUCAAUAAGACUUAGCCUGGUCCCAGAUCUAUUCGUGCUGUCUUGCCAACUACAGUAUAAAACCAUAGGAGUUGCCAGAAAAGCACAGCCAGAUAUGGGAUGAGGCUAGACAUUUCCCACAAAAAGGAGUAAGGUGUUCAUAUGAUGCCUGAUGUACAGUCCAGGACGAUGACUCCAACACACCUCCAGGCUGUGGAAGGGCUAUUUGACCAAGAAGGAAGAGUGAUGGAGUGCUGCAUCAGAUGACCUGGCCUCCACAAUCCCCCCGAACCUCAACCCAAUUGAGAUGGUUUGGGAUGAGUUGGACCGCAGAGGGAAGGAAAAGCAGCCAACAAGUGCUCAGCAUAUGUGGGAACUCCUUCAAGACUGUUGGAAAAGCAUUCCAGGUGAAGCUGGUUGAGAGAAUGCCAAAGAGUGUGCAAAGCUGUCAUCAAGGCAAAGGGUGGCUACUUUGAAGAAUCUAAAAAUAUAACAUGUAUUUUGAUUUGUUUAAUACAUUUUUGGUUACUACAUGAUUCCAUAUGUCAGGGUUCUUCAAUUCCGGGUCCUGGAGGGCCGAAACACGUCUGUUUUUUAUUUCUACCUGGUAGUUAAUUGCACUCACCUGGUGUCCCAGGUCUGAAUUAGCCCCUGAUUAGAAGGAGAGGAUGAAAAACAGGUGUUUCGGCCCUCCAGGACCGGAAUUGAAGAACCCUGCCAUAUGUGUUAUUUCAUAGUUUUGAUGUCUUCACUAUUAUUCUACAAUGUAGUAAAUAGGACAAAUAAAGAAAAACCGCGGAAUGAGUAGGCGUGUCCAAACUUUGGAUUGGUAGCGUAUAUUUGAACCAAUCAAUCUAUACGAGUCAUGCCACACAUAGUGAACACCCAUUUACAUCUUUUUGAGGCCUUCCUGUACCUUAAGGUCACAAACCUUGACAACUGUCUCCAGAAAAAUGGAAAUUCCAAGUUGGGACUGGUUGAAUUCCACGUGCUUUGGAUGAAGAUCCAGAAAUACAUGGUAUGAGUGCUGAAUUAUUUUUUUUUUGUACAGUUCUCACUGGAUUCUGUAUGGUUGAGUUUAAUAAAUCAUUCUGUGAUGAGUCUACUAUUUACCCCCUGGGUGAAUCUUAACUUCCAUUGACAUCUAUCAAUCUACCGUUGACAUCAGUGCAUGACUAAGUGAAAAUGUUGACUUAAAUAGAAGUUCAGAUUGAGGAUUUCCUCCCAGUAUGUAUUAACUGUAUAACGUGUGUUUCUCUGUUCUGGUAUCUUCAGGAAAUUUUCAAGCGUUACGACUCCGACCGCUCCGGAACUAUGAGUUCACAUGAGAUGAGAGAUGCUCUGACAGAAGCAGGUAACACACAUUAACACUAAGCUUGAAUCGCCACUCAACAUUUGUCACGGGAAUGUUUAAAAACGAAUGUUAUGGCUGUAUCAGUCCAGUUAUUAUACACCAGGUACCCCCUGUGGAUAGACCAGGUACCCCCUGUGGAUAGACCGGGUACCCCCUGUAGAUAGACCAGGUACCCCCUGUGGAUAGGCCAGGUACCCCCUGUGGAUAGACCAGGUACCCCCUGUAGAUAGACCAGGUACCCCCUGUAGAUAGACCAGGUACCCCCUGUGGAUAGACCAGGUACCCCCUGUGCAUAGACCAGGUAACCCCAGGGUACUAGAACCACUGCUCUAAAUGGUUACUGUGAUAUAAUAAUAUAUAUAUAUAAUAUGCCAUUUAGCAGACGCUUUUAUCCAAAGCGACUUACAGUCAUGCGUGCAUACAUUUUGUGUAUGGGUGGUCCUGGGGAUCGAACCCACUACCUUGGCGUUACAAGCGCCGUGCUCUACCAGCUGAGCUACAGAGGACCACCCAUACUGGGUUACUGAUGGCUGGGUUACUGUAUGUGCAAUGUUGUGUCCAUAUUAAUAUAAUAUAUUCAUUGUAUUUUUAUGAUCGUGUCCUUUUCCUCAGGCUUCCAGAUCAACAAUGCAGUGCUGCAGGUCAUAGUGAAUCGUUAUGCCAGUGCCCACUAUGCCAUCGACUUUCACUGUUUCGUGGACUGUCUCAUCAGACUUGAAAUGCUCUUCAGUAAGUCAUUUCAACAAUAACACAACUCUUCCAUAAACAAUGUGAUGCUAGUAAAUAAGGUAAAGGUAAGAUUAUGCAUUUAUUAUCCCUGUUGGGACAUUUCGGUUGCGGCUCUGUGCAUACCGGAAAAACAAACGUAAUCAAGCAAAGACAAGUCCAUAAAGUAUACAGACAAUAAUAGGUUUGUGUAUUGUUCCUGGAACAUCCUCCAAAACUUAGAUUAUAUAGAUCUUUGAACAGUGUGUCUCAGCAGCACAAUAACUUGGAUUUGACUGAUUAGUUGAUUGGUUUGGUAAUUGAUCAAUGAAUUGAACAUUGCAUUGGAUUAAUAACCUCUUUCUGUUUUUGAAUCCCAACCAGAGAUGUUUAAAACUCUGGAUACCAAAGCCUCUGGGAAGAUUGAGCUGGAUGUGUCUCAGGUAUGUACUUCUGUUUGUCUAAUUUUAUUAUAUAGUACAGUGGUUUAACUAAAUAUGUUGGUCGCCAUUGUUCAUAGAAUGAGGAAUUGGCGUGCUAAACUCAAACGUUUACGGUAACAAAAAGUAUUUGGGUGCCGGGUUCAAAAGGCAUGUACUGGAAAAAAGGAACAACUUGCGCUCACUGCCAUAUUCUUAAAGUUUGAAUGUCUUCUGAAGCACCAACAGUCAGAGAACAGACGUGUUUCGGCAACAGCCUUCAUCAGCGUCUUCACUACUGUUCACCCAGCUCGUGGAGUAUUGUGUACAGACUGUCUGUUUGUCUGUUUGUCUGUCUGACUGGAUUUGUUUUCUCUUUCCAGUGGCUGUGCCUCGCAAUCAACUAGACUCCCCAACGCCAGUAGUGAAUCAACUAGACUCCCCAAAGCCAGUAGUGAAUCAACUAGACUCCCCAACGCCAGUAGUGAAUCAACUAGACUCCCCAACGCCAGUAGUGAAUCAACUAGACUCCCCAACGCCAGUAGUGAAUCAACUAGACUCCCCAAAGCCAGUAGUGAAUCAACUAGACUCCCCAAAGCCAGUAGCGACAGUGACAGCUGA